CCGGGGGUGGAGCGCUGGCUGCGGGGGGUAAGAUGUCGGCGGCGGAGGAGGACACGGAGCUGCGGGACCUCCUGGUGCAGACCCUGGAGAGCAGCGGCCUCCUCAACAAGAUCAAGGCUGAAUUACGGGCAGCAGUGUUCCUUGCUCUUGAAGAACAGGAAAAAGUAGAGAACAAAACCCCCUUGGUUAAUGAAAAUUUGAAAAAGUUUCUGAACACAAAGGAUGGACGGUUGGUGGCUAGUCUUGUUACUGACUUUCUCCAGUUUUUCAACCUGGACUUUACUUUGGCAGUAUUCCAACCAGAAGCAAGCACUUUCACAGGGCUCGAAGGCCGAGAGAAUGUUGCUCAGGAGCUAGGGAUCCAUGAAUCAGAAGGAAUGAAGGGAGCGCCAAUAUUAUUGGAGGUGAUGAGAAGAAGCCGGCAAAAAGAAAAAGACCAUAGCUUUUAUGAAGGUGAACAUCGCAGUGUUAUUCCUACGGAAUUAUCAGCAAAACAGAUGGCAGAAGCCAGAAAAAAGUUUGACUUUUAUGAUAAGGACAAGAAUGGUGAGAUCAGUAAGGAUGAACUAAGGGAGCUAUUCAUGGAUCUCUUCCCUCAUUUUCACAAGAAUAUGCUGGAAAGAUAUGUAAAUGAUGAGUUUAGAGCAGUGGAUAAAGAUUUUAAUAAUGUGAUCGAUUUUGAUGAGUUUCUGGGAAUGUACAAACGAUUAUUCAUCCAGUGCAGAAGUGUGGUCACCCAGGAUGGUCUUGGUAUUGUACAUUCUUCACGCAGGUUUCCAGAAGGGAGACAAAGUGCAAGUUCAAACAGCAAGAAUGAGGAGAUACCUAGAUACAAAGGAACUGGUAAAGUUAAAGAGAGCGGGGAGAAAGCUGGUGAGAAGGUUGCUGACAUGAGUGUUAGUGAAGCCAGCAAAGUCUCAGGUGACCUAAAAAGUAAAAUCAAUCAGUCCUGUGGAGAGCCAAAACAAGACGUGAAGCCUAGCACAACUGUCAGCCUUCCAGAAUUAAAUAAAGGUGGACAGCUGGAUCUUGAUGACGAAGAUGAGGGAGACUCGUUCUUUGAUGACCCUUUGCCCAAACAAGUGAAAACCUAUGGCUGUUCAUCCCAGAAAGAUAGAAGCAUUUCAGGGCUCCACUCUUCAAAUAGUAAAAAGAAGGGCAGCCAAAAAGUAACCUCUGAUACAAACAGUGACACCGAUGAAGAAGCAGAGGAUCCCUUUGUAGAGGCAGAUGAUAAACAGAGUGCUCUGGAGAGGCGGAUUGACAAGCCUUCAGAUGGCCUUACAUCCCUUUCAGAUGCUCCACCUCUGAGUGGGGCCUUAGGGUCCCUGGCAGGAGCAUCUCCAUUAAAAGUAACUGACAAGAGAGGUGGGGAUAAAAGCAAAGAAUUAUUGGAUCUUAAGGCAAUGAAUGAAAACAUUGGCACACUGGGCCUAGGAACAGGAGAUGAAGAAGAUUAUUAUGAUGAUGACUUCAUCAGUGGCAGCCAGCGUUCAGAUAAAACCAAGAGUGAUGUGAGCAUUGGUGAAGAAAUUGAAGAGGACAUCUCCAUCGAAGGAGAAGAUUUUGCUAUCAGUGAUAAGCUUGACGAUCUCACACAAGACCACACCAUCUCACAGUUUAGCGAUGUGGCCGAUUAUUUAGAGGAGGUUUCAUAGAAGCUCUGGCCUUUGGAUGAACUGCACUGUACAGAUCAAUGAGUAGUUUUUUACUGCUUCUGUUCAGCAAAUACUUUUUAGUCAUCGUCCUCAACAGCUUGUAGCUGAACUAUUGCAAGCUGCCUGUGCCUUGUUACAUUUCAAAGCCUUGAUUGCAGUUUAAUCCUAAAAGCUGGGAAACCAUAGUUUCAGGUUAAAACAAUGCAAACUAAAUUGGACUAGAAAUUGGAGAAUCUAUCAAGUGGAAUACAAUACAGUGUGUUGUGAACAUUUGGUGUUAAAUUAUUCCAACUUUAAGCUACAUUGCACAUGUAACAGAAAACCUGGUAACAAUCAAAGUGUACUGAAUUGUGUUAGUGUAAGGCGCACUAUUUCACAGAUCAUCUUUCAGUGUGUGAUAAAUAAAGAAGAAAUGCCUCACAUUCACUUUACAAUGGACAAUUCAGUCCUACAUGGUAAUGAAAUCUAAUGUGUAAAUAAUAUUUUGAUUAAAAGCUGUUUUUAAUGCA